CAUCAACAUUGUGCACGCACAUAGUGAAAAUCAUCAUAUCACUCAAAUUCCCAAAGUUAGUGGACCGCACAUUUUCAAACCGUCCCAAUCUCUGGCCCAGAUGGCGAGCAUCAAGUUGUUGACGAGCGACGGGGAGGUGGUGAGAGCCGACCUCGAGGCGAUGAGGCUCUCGAACGUCAUCCGCCACAUGUUGGAUAAUCUGGGGGCGUGUAAAGCCGACGAGGAGGAGUGCGUCCUGCCGUUGCUAAACAUCGACGGGCCGACCAUGAAGAAGGUCAUCGAGUGGUGCGACCACCACAAGAACGACCCGGUGGUCGAGAAGCCGGUAGCAUGUGACGACUUCCACAAGAUUCACAAGCUACAAGACGUCGCUGUGGGCGAGUGGGAUGAGAAUUUCUUCAACGUGGACGUGGCGUCGCUGAAGAAACUGACCAUGGCUGCUAAUUUUUUGGACAUAGAGGGUAUGCUGGACAAUUCGUGCAAGGUCAUUGCCAGCCACAUUAAGGGAAAGAGCCUGGAUCAUAUGCGCAAGUUUUUCGGCGUCUCGAAGCAUCCGGCGCAUUCCAUAGACGUCGACUAAGUGCGGAAACGUUACAUACAAUAAUUUUUUAUCAUUAUAUUCAAGUAUUGGACAGUUUUUCUUUUUUUUUCCUUUUGGUCUCUUUUGAUAAAAAUGGUGUCAUUUUGUUAUGCGAUUUCGUGUAAACGCAGGAUAUGCUGAAUGUGACGUCACUUAAAAAUCAGUAUGUAUACGUACAUGUAUAUAUUUAUCCCACCACGUAAUAAAAUAAU